UCAGUAGGCCGAAAAAGGGCAGCUCGAAACGAAAUCGAGUUAAUCGAGUUUUCUAUCCGAAUUUCUGGUUCAAUUACAAAGUAGGCAUGUUAUAGGUACAAAGCUGGAAACCUUAUUGGUAAGCAGGUCCUUUAAGGGUUAUAUGUGUAAUCGGUUCGCUAAUCCAUCGAUACCAGGUGUUUCCCUAUGUAAAGUAGGUAGCUAAAGCAGUUACCUGUUCCUGAUAUUUUUGGCAUAUAAUAUGCAGUGUAAACGAGUUGCAGCUGUCAGAUCGAACUGAACUAUUAAAGCAAUCACAGCUAUAUACGCAAUAUGGGAGCUUCACUCGACAGCAAAAUGUCCUGCGAAAAGCCUUUGGCAGUUGUCAAUCCGAUGCCAGCAGAUGAUAACGUUGUCAACAUUGAGGAGGACGAGGAGGAGAAGGCCAAUGUAACAUUGCAUCUAUUUCAUUAUCGUCAACAAAUAGGCCUCAAAUCCCACCAUGUGGUCAAAUGGGCCUCGGCCAAGUUGCUUCUCACCGAAGAGUUGCUCAAGCAACAGCAACAACGAUUGCAGCCAAAUUUGAAGAUAUCGUUGGAUGAGUUAGAUUCGGAUGCCGCGUGGGCUGAAAGACAAUUGGCCAUGUUGACGGAUGACGAGGACGACAAUGAGGAUGAUGACACGGAGAAUAGACCACCAAGAGGCACUCCUCUGGACAGUGAACUCAACCAUCUGAUGAACUAUAGAAUGAAGCUAAGGAAUACCAUAGUCCAGGUGGCCCAGGAGAAGCUGCGGAAACGCGAGAAGACAAAGAUCAAGCGUUUGAAACGCCGCACGCUCAUCUCCUCCAAGAAGCCCAGCAACAAGGACAAAUAUCGAGCAUGAGUUCGGUACUCCAGAUUAAUUUUACUUACUUGUAUAUAUUUAGUUUAAUUGUCUUAUUUGUAAUUUUAAUUGUAUUUGUUUUGUUUUCAACGCCAUUAAAAUGUCCGCUUGACACUGAUUUCAAAUUUAAA